CUGUGGCGUGACGUCAUCAAACCGGCGACAGUAAAGCUGGAAAGCAGCAGCUCGCUCUCACUAAACAACGUAGACGAUCGUUUAUUUUGCUUGAUAAUCUCAAAUAAUGCCUAAAGUUAAAAGGAGUAGAAAACCACCUCCAGAUGGAUGGGAACUUAUAGAACCAACUUUGGAUGAAUUAGACCAGAAAAUGCGCGAAGCUGAAACCGAGCCACAUGAGGGCAAACGCAAAGUUGAGUCUUUGUGGCCAAUUUUCAGACUUCAUCACCAACGCAGCCGUUACAUUUUCGAUCUGUUCUACAAAAGAAAGGCUAUCAGUCGAGAGCUUUAUGAUUACUGCAUCAAAGAGGGAUAUGCAGACAAGAAUCUGAUUGCCAAAUGGAAGAAACAGGGUUAUGAGAAUCUUUGCUGUCUGAGGUGCAUUCAGACCCGUGACACAAACUUUGGAACAAAUUGCAUUUGCAGAGUUCCCAAGAGCAAACUUGAAGUGGGCCGAAUCAUUGAGUGCACUCACUGUGGAUGCAGAGGAUGUUCUGGAUGAGUCAGGAAAAGGAUCUUACAGCGGUGGCAUUGCAUUGAAAAUAGGGGCUUAAUAAACCUUGAUUUGUAUUUUUUAAUAUACCUAAUUCUUUGUCAUUAUGAUGUUGAGUCUGAUGAACUCAUAUUGUUAUUGUUUGUAUAUUCUGUUAUUUGUUUUUUAUUAAAUUGUUCUUUAUCUUAAUCUUAA